GAAAGAAAGAUGAUGAAAAGGAUAAAGACAAGGAUAAAGACAAGGAUAAAGACAAGAAAGACGACAAAGACGAUGAGAAAUCCAAGGACAAGAAAGACACCCGGUGGAUCUCUGCCUUUGUUGAAGCACGACCUAGUGAAGACUAUCCUGCACACUGGUUCUUUGAAGACGUGCAGUUCCUCGUGUCUUUGAUCAACUUCCAGGACGAGCCAAACACAAACGAUGACUCGCAGAAGGACCUCAAGAAGUCCAUUGUGAAGCACGAUAAGCACACCUUUUCUCCUGUGGAGUCCUCCGAUGGGAAGGCCAUUGACCGUGGCUGGCAUGACUUCGUUCAUUGUGACGAAAAUACCUUGCGCAGCAGUGGCUUUGUGGAUCCAAAGGAUGACACCGUUUGCUUCCGUGCCUCUGUUUACUUGGCGGGUGGCGCGAUGAAGGUGAACUCAAAGACAAAGUCCAGGUACAUGAGCUUGAGCAAAAUUGAUCCUGGACUAAAUGAGAAAGUUCCCAGCUAUUUGAACAGCAUUGUGCAAGUCUGGUACCACCUGGGCUUCUUCAGAAAUGCCAUCUAUUCGGCCUCCAUUACCGGGCAACUCUCUCAACGGAAGUCCACCGUGCUUCCAGCCUUGCGGGAGAUUUUCGUCCGGCUCCAGCACCGCACGCUGCCUGCCUCGUGCUCGCCUCUUUGCAGCGCUUUUGGAAGGAAGGGCUGGUCGAAGAUGUGCAAGGCAGAUCCAGAUUCCUUUUGCACGGAGAUCUUCCAGAGUCUUGGGGCGGAAUUCAUCCCUUCGGCUGACGUGCUCAAGGCAGAGGAGGCCGCAGUGAAGGCUGCAGCAAAGGCCAAAGGCAAAGCAGCCAAGGCCAUUCCUCGUGUGGAAGUGCCACAGGAGAACAGAGCCUUGUGGGAGUCCAUUCAGGAGAUGUUUGAAUUUGAGGUCGAGUGGAUUGCCCAGGCCGUUGAUGGGGGUGAUUUCUCUGAUAGCUCCGUCUAUCAAGGCCCCUGCUUCACUCUGGUGGUGAGAGGCUUUGCUCGCUUGGAGGACACUUUGGAUCACUACUUCUCCCCGAAGGUGAUUGAAGAUGGCGGGCUUCGUGUUCGCACGAUGCGGAAGUUUCGGCGAAUGCCUACGGUGCUCCAGUGGUAUUUGAAGCGGGGUGACUACGACUGCUGCACAGGGCUUUCGGGUGUCACAGACACCUACCUGAGUUUCCCGCGGCAGAUUGACAUGGGCAAGUACUCCGAAGGGGCGGGUCUCUACCAUCUCUAUUCCAUCAUGGUCGAGUGUGACGAUCACUUUCUCUCCUACAUUCGACCGGAGAUGGAAGGUGACCGGGGCCAAUGGUAUCGCUUUGAUGAGAGAGACAGCUCCUGUGCUGUCUCUAACGCCACGGCUGUGGACUCCUCCUUCGGGGGUGAGGAAUGGCUGUGUGUGAACUACUUGUACGGGCCUUCUGCUGUGCUAAAGCGGCCAAGGGAGUCCCGCGCCUGUAUGCUCAUCUAUCUCAAGGACGAGGCCCUGAGCACCUUGCUCCGCGAACCUCGGCUGCCGAAGCUUUGCCCGGAGUUGCACGUGCCCCUGCAGCGGGAUAUGCCACAGGCGGGCUCUGUGGAGUUGGAGGCAGCCAAUCGUGCAGAAGCCGAGCUCCUGGAGGACCUCGACGCGGAACUGAUGGCGGAGGCGACCGCGUUCGGUACCUGUAGACCCAGGUUUUGGUAG